AUGGCAACCGUCACCACCACCGACGAGAUUCAGAUUGGCCUUGUCGAGAACACCGACGACCUCGUCCAGGCGUUUGACUGCCAGAUCGCCACAUUCGGCCGCCAGACAGAGGACUCCAUCUGGAGGAGCUCCAACCCGGGAUGGGAUACCCCCGAAGGCCGCGAAGUCGGCAUCAAGCAUGGCAUCAACCGGUGGAAUUCCGUGACCAGGGACCACAACGGCAACCCAAACACCAUCUUCCUCAAGGCGACAGCUCCAGAUGAAGCCAGUCCCGGCGGGCGGAAGCUCGUCGGGUACGCCAUCUGGGUGCAGCACUCCGCCGUCCCAGGCCACGGCGAGCCCGUCCCCAACGAGGCCCAGAGGCUGGAGGCGUCGAGGGUCAUCCACCCCCACGACGAGACCGAGGCCCGGUUCCACUCGCAGAUGUGCGUGUCGCUGUAUAAGCGCCGGGCCGAGGUGGCGCAGGAGAAGGCGGCCACCGACCAGCCGGCGUUCCUGGUCCUGGACUGCUGCAUCGUGGACCCCUCGUAUCAGGGCAGGGGCAUCGCCAGGCAGCUUGUACAGUGGGGUCUGGACGAGGCGGAGAGGAGGGGCGGGCUGGAGGCGACUACGGAGGGUUCCGUCAUGGGGAGGAGGGUGUACACGAAGCUGGGGUUCCAGCCCGAACCGGCGGGAGAGGUUGUAGUUGGUGGAACCGAAAGAGAGUCAAGCCGCGACCAAUAUUAA